CACAGCCGGACAAGUAAGAGCGAUCAUGGUUCAGAGUCCAAGUGUUCUAGUGAUGAUGGGCGUCGCAAACAAUGCAAAAGUGAACGCGAAGCAGAAGAUGAAAUUGGUGAUUCGGGUCAUGAUGUCCAGCAAGUCGCAUUCAACGCCACUGAUAAUGGCUUCUUUCAUCAUCACGAUCCAUCCAUGUACUUUGACCCGAAUCGCCGAGGUGGCCCAACACCGCAAGACCCAAGGUUCAUGUGGCACCAGCACCCGUACCCGCCAACUGGCAAACUCUCGGAUGGUCGUGUAAUGCCAUCGUCUCACCACGAACCCGGGGGCAAUCCAAGGUAUCCUGACUACAGGUGCCCUCCUUAUCCCAGCCAUCCAGUUGUGGGUCACCCGUAUGAUCCGUAUUGGCAUCCAUACUGGGCCCAGCAAACGGGAUUUCACCAACAGAUGGAUCCCAGGUUGAGAAGAGGUCCGAGCCGAGGAGGAACUGAUGGUCCGUCGUCCGUGGCUCAUCCGGGGUCUGGCAAGGAUGGUUCGCAUUCUGAAGCUGGCGGAGGUGAUCAAAGAGAAGGAUCCUUGCAAAAUCCACGUUCGUUGCGGCGUCGCCACAGCAUUGGAAGCGCCCAUUCACGCGAUGCGAUUAUGCACGAAGUGACAGUCUCGAUACAGCAGGAUCAGAAGACUUGGUUGAACAGGUGCAGUCAGUGUGGACAGAGCGUCAUUGAUUGCCGAUGUAGUAAUCUCCAUCACGAGGAUGAGGCAAUCCAGGGAAACGAUGAUCAUGGUCGACCUCGAGACCUGGAGUCUCGGUUGGGCUCCUCCUCCCACCAAGAUGUCUCCUUGUUUGACACUUUUGGUAUCCGAAAUCCCAAUGCACAGAAGCGAGGAAUGGGCAGUCAUAGCCGGAUCGACGGAGAGUUCCAUGCGUCGACUCACAUGCAUCCGGGUUUCUAUCGUCCACCACCAUUGCAACCUCUGUACCGUCGACCGGAAGGAUUCGACGUGAUCGAUUACGUCCACAUGUCCAACACACAACGAUUGGCUGGUUCCAUGUCCCAGAACAACCAUCGGGGUCGUACCUUUCAGCGAUUUCAAGAACAACAAGAGCAACCGCAGGACGAAGCAGUCACCGCGGGUCCCAUGAAAAACGCGUCGCAACUGUCUUCAUCCGAGAAAAGUAGAGCUGCCAUGGAAGCCCGGCGGGUGGUGGUUGACGAUGGUUCGUUGCGCUAUCCACCGAUGCGAUCUUUCAGUUUCGGAAGCAAGUCGGGACGGAGAUCCACCUCGGGGCGUUUCUCUGUGAUGAGCGAAGGUUCCAUUGCAUCCUUUGCCGUCUAG